AUGGAGCUGCAAAGAAUCUUUCCGGCCCUGUUUACGCAAUCGGAGGAUUCCCCAGUUCGCUCGCGGGACGCGACCCUGUACUUGCUGCGCUGCAUCUUCCUGAUGGGCGUACGCAAGCCCCCUGCAAAGUUCUUCGUGGCCUACGUCCUUUGGUCCUUUGCCCUAAAUUUCUGUUCCACAUUUUACCAGCCCAUUGGAUUUCUCACGGGCUACAUCAGCCAUUUGUCGGAGUUCUCGCCAGGAGAGUUUCUUACUUCGCUACAGGUGGCGUUUAACGCGUGGUCCUGCUCCACCAAGGUGUUGAUUGUGUGGGCACUGGUCAAACGCUUUGACGAGGCUAAUGCUAUCCUCGACGAGAUGGAUAAACGUCUCACAGAGCCCGGCGAGCGACUACAGAUUCACCGCGCUGUCUCCCUUAGCAACCGGAUUUUUUUUUUUUUCAUGGCAGUCUACAUGGUUUACGCCACGAAUACAUUCCUUUCAGCUAUAUUUAUUGGAAGGCCCCCUUACCAAAAUUAUUAUCCGUUCCUGGACUGGCGAUCCAGCAGGUUGCACCUCGCCCUGCAGGCCGGCCUGGAGUACUUCGCCAUGGCUGGUGCCUGUUUUCAGGAUGUCUGUGUGGAUUGCUAUCCUGUUAACUUCGUCCUUGUGCUUCGCGCACAUAUGUCUAUCUUUGCGGAGCGUCUCCGGCGUCUUGGCACAGAUCCUUCGGAGAGCACGGAACAGCGAUUCGAGCGACUAGUGGAAUGCAUACAUGACCACAAGGUUAUACUGCGCUAUAUUUAUUGGAAGGCCCCCUUACCAAAAUUACUAUCCGUUCCUGGACUGGCGAUCCAGCAGGAUGUCUGUGUGGAUUGCUAUCCUGUUAACUUCGUCUUUGCGGAGCGUCUCCGGCGUCUUGGCACAGAUCCUUCGGAGAUCACGGAACAGCGAUUCGAGCGACUAGUGGAAUGCAUACAUAACCACAAGGUUACACUGCAGUAA